UCCAUAAAAUUUCCCAACUCAAAAAAAACACAGUCCAAACCCUAGCUCAACCCUUUUCGCCUCCAUUUCCUUCAAUCAAGAAAUCAAAGUCUGUGUAAAACUUGAACCAUUUGAUAACUAUGUCGGAUGAUGAGAGAGAAGAGAAGGAGUUGGAUCUGACAAGUUCUGAGGUUGUUACUAAGUAUAAGGGUGCUGCUGAAAUCGUCAACAAGGCUCUGCAGUUGGUGGUGUCUGAAUGCAAGCCAAAAGCAAAGAUAGUUGAUCUUUGUGAAAAAGGAGAUGCCUUUAUCAAAGAGCAAACAGGGAAUAUGUACAAGAAUGUGAAGAAGAAAAUCGAGAGAGGUGUGGCAUUCCCAACCUGCAUUUCAGUUAACAAUACCGUCUGCCAUUUUUCUCCACUGUCUAGUGAUGAGACAAUAUUGGAAGAAGGUGAUAUGGUGAAAAUUGAUAUGGGGUGUCAUAUAGAUGGCUUUAUUGCUGUUGUUGCUCAUACACAUGUGGUCCAGGGAGGACCUGUUACUGGUAGAGCUGCUGAUGUUCUUGCGGCUGCUAAUACAGCUGCUGAAGUUGCUCUGAGGCUUGUAAGACCAGGAAGGAAGAACUCAGAUGUAACAGAAGCUAUUCAGAAAGUUGCUGCAGCAUAUGACUGCAAGAUCGUUGAGGGUGUUUUGAGCCAUCAAAUGAAGCAGUUUGUGAUUGACGGAAACAAAGUUGUGUUAAGUGUGUCUAAUCCUGAUACCAGAGUAGAUGAUGCAGAGUUCGAGGAGAAUGAGGUCUAUUCAAUUGACAUUGUUACAAGCACCGGUGAUGGAAAGCCAAAGUUGUUGGAUGAGAAACAAACAACCAUCUACAAGAGAGCUGUAGAUAAAAGCUACAACCUGAAGAUGAAAGCAUCAAGGUUUAUCUUCAGUGAAAUCAGUCAGAAGUUCCCUAUCAUGCCAUUUACAGCAAGGGAUUUGGAGGAGAAAAGAGCUCGUUUGGGACUAGUUGAAUGUGUUAACCAUGAUCUUUUGCAGCCGUAUCCUGUUCUACAUGAGAAACCUGGUGAUUUGGUUGCUCACAUAAAAUUCACAGUGCUAUUGAUGCCUAAUGGGUCAGAUAGGAUCACAUCUCAUGCUCUUCAGGAGCUGACACUUGCGAAGACAAUUGAAGAUGAACCUGAAAUUAAGACCUGGCUAGCUCUUCCCGUAAAGACCAAGAAGAAAGGUGGCGGCAAGAAAAAGAAAGCAGGCAAGAAAGGUGAAUCAUCUCAAGCUGAGCCUAUGGAAGGCGAACCAAAUGUUGCUGAAUCUUGAUUUCAAUUCCAAGAACUAUUUGGUUCAUUGUUAUAUUUGAUGUUGGGAUUACUGAGGUGGUUUUGGAUCUUUCUUGCGGCCUUUCUCUAUAUACAAGAAAGGACAAUGGGCAGCAGUAGUUUGUUGUUGUCCUUUGUCCUAAGACUUUUGUCAUGUUAAAUGGGGUUUCCAAUGCUAUAAUGCUCUAUGAUCCAAACCUUCAAGAAAAUGUUUUUUACUUUUGUACUAGGAUAGAUGAGAGUUGCUCAAGGCAGUGACUUGACGGUCAAUGAAGUGGUAUGAGACCGAUGCCCUUGUUUCAGCGGAGGCAAUAGAGCUUUGAUGGGCAGAGUUAUUUGGUACCUAAGUUGUUAUUCCUCAUUACUCAAGCAUACAAGUAAUGUAAAUACAACAUACUUUUCUACUA